AACGGUAAUCAUGGAUGGACAGACGGGAGAUUCAUUGAUGAAACGUAUGUACGCUGAUAACACACUGAGGGAACCUAGUGACAUCUUGAAGAUUCUGAAAGAAUUCACACUAUGUUCCAGAGACAACUCCUUCAGGAUGGCUUUGACCGAACCCAACAUUCGCUCAUUGACUGAUUACUUCCAGCUGAGUGCUGAAGGUGUAUCUAGUGAGCAAGCCCUUGCUGUCGAAUGCUGCACGGAAUGCUUGAGGUGUCUUCGGAAUGCUUGUGCCGGAUGUGUGAAGAACCAGGAGUUGGUGUUGACUCCAUCGGUAAUUCCAUCUGUGCGGCAGCUUUUGACGUUUCUCCUUGAGAAAAGUCAGCUGGAAGAUCCAUAUGUUGUACUGCUGAGGUGCUGCGUCCAGUUCCUGAAUAAUCUUGUCAGUGGUUUUGAGAACGGGCAGAGAGCAGUCUGGAAGGACAUCAUCCAUGAUUUGAUGCAUCGCCUUCUGCAGAUUCCUGAUAGUAAGGUGACCCAGUACUCCUGCAUGCUUCUUCAGGCUCUCCUGGAUUCCUCAGAAAACAUUUCAAGUUUUGCAGAGGCUGCAAAUGCAUCUAAAAGCCUGGAGGCUGUUUUGGUUGCUUGCUCAGAGGAAAAUGAGCACGACUUCAGUCUCCAGCUCGUCCAGUGCAUGCUGCGGUCCUCCGCCAUCACCUCUUCGUUAUUUGACCAGCUUAGCAUCUCCUCGCAGAUAAUCUUACUCCACAUUGCCAGUGCUUGCAUUUCCUCCGAGUCCCGCCAGCAGCAUCCAGAAAUACCCAAAACCAUAUCCGACUCUUUACUGUUGUGCUUUGCCCAGAAGUUCAAAAGCACUGCUCACUGCAUUCUGAGCCUAGCCAUGAAAGAUGGCCAUGAAGAGGACCAAAAUCCUCAACUUGUGAUGUCUCUCUUGGAUGUUCUAUGUGCUGUCUCUGCUGAAACUGACCUUCAGUCAUGCCUACAGGAGAUGGACUUUGUCCUGGAAGCCAGCCUAGAGCUGCUGGAAAUGGUAGAGCAGGUUGGCCGAAGCAGCAAUAAUGCCUUCAGCGUCAAACAAGACCUCACUGGAACUGCUACUGCGGAUGCUGCAGAGCCUGGGUAUGGCUUCAAGACAAACUUGGUUCAACUCAUUGGAAACCUGUGCUUCCGCCACAGAAGAAACCAGGACAGGGUCAGGGAGCUGAAGGGAAUUCCAACCAUACUCCAACAGUGCAACAUUGACAGCAAGAAUGCGUUCAUCAACCAGUGGGCCAUACUGGCCAUCCGUAAUCUUUGUGAGAACAAUCUUGAGAACCAGGCUGUCCUGCUGUCGCUUGAGAAUCAAGGUGUAGCCGACAAUGAAGCUUUAGCUAGGUUAGGAUAUGAAGCAGCAAUGGGCGAAGAUGGUCAUAUAUAUUUGAAAAAUUUGAAAAGGUGAAACACUCCAUUAAAG